CGCAGAGCCGCAACCAACGGGUCGGCACGCGAAGAGACUGUGCGAGUGUGAACCCUGUGUUCCUGCAGUCACGAAAGCUACAAGUCAACAUCUAUCAUCUACGUGACUAUUUUUUUAUUUUUCUACCUACGUGACUUUACCGAAAGAACCAAAAAGUAUGAAUCCUUGCAGUUACGAAAGCUUCAAAUCUAGAAUUAACAGACGUUGGCUGUCGUGCCAUCGAAUCGAAUUAUCGCUUAAUAUAAAACGCGAUUCGCGAAUCGAUCCAGUUUCGUGACGUCAGCGCUCGCCCUAUUAACCAAUCACGGGAGGCGCGCGCGGUGACGUGCGUCACGAAGUUUGAAAUCUUUAACGGUCGUCAGGGCCUGGGUUCGCUUCCAGUCCCCGAUACAACAUUGGCGGAGAGGGCGCCAUCGAAGCACUCUACCUCGUGUUGAGAUGGCUCCUAAAAGGUACGUUUCAAGUGGAGCAAACGUCACAUCAUCAUCCUGUUUGGCAACCACUUCUGACUUGUCAAUGAAGAUGCAACGCAAAUCCAUGCGUUUUCCGCACUCUCCGGUGCUCAUCGGUAACUUCACCGAAGAGCUGUGCCAAUUGGGCAGCUUCUCCAGUGCAAUUGCAAACACAACGUGCCAAAGUGGAGACCAAAUUCCCAUGGAAAAUGCAAAGCCGCAAGCCAAGCAGCCACGAAGACGAUCAACGCUGUCUCAGGCCUUUCUGAACAGCAAGAAAAGGUCUAUCAAGUCCGAAUUCACCGGCAACAGCAGCAUCGAGACUCGGGAUGAAGAAAUUAUAAAGGUGGUUGGGUUGCAAGCAAAGGGAUUGUGGGACACCCAAUUCAGAGGAAUGAUUUCCCCAAAGGUCGUCGUCAAUAUGCCUUUGGAAAACCCACGCCGCAGACUGUCCAAUGUAAAGAGGAUAGAAGCAUUACCAUUCGUUCCUUUGGAGAAUGUUGAGGAAGCAGCACCAAAUUGUGACUCAAAUCUGUUGCUGUGUCGUGAAUUUAAUGCCAAGCCUCUGCCUGAUAUUGAUGAAGCCCUGAGGCUGAUUUCUGGAAGAACUGAACAGGUAGGAAAUUGUUUAAUUUCACCUGCAUUGGUGGACUUAAUUCCCAGUCCACCAGUGGUCCCCAGUCAACCCGUGCACCUGGACCCCACACAGAGAACACCACGCGUCUUGAGAAGCCGACCAGCCAUUGCUUCUCGGACAGGGGCUGUCCCUCUUGCUCGCCCACAGAGCCCGCCACGACCACCACGGCCGGCACAGCAGCGAGUGGCGCAGAACACUGUGGCCAAAAGCAACCCUGACAAGGCCACAAUAAAGUCGAACAGCUCCAGACAACUCCAGAUGACCAGAAACCCCUCCACUCCACCGCAGAAUAAUUCUGGAGCCAAGAUGCAGCAAGAAAGACCGACGUCUGAAGAGGACCGCAGACUGCAACUCAAGGGCUGGCUCCUCGCUCAAAGGAAGUCUUACCGACGACCCCCCAUGUCGAAGGAGGCCCCCAUCACCAGGGUUUCGGCACGAAAGAUGGCGGGCUGACUCAGGGAAAUAAACAAGAUGCCCGCGAACGUAAAGUAUAUGGGUGCGUUUUAAAUGCAAUGCUUUUGCAAACGCAUUUAUUUUAAAUCCAGCGAAGAGUUGAUUAUGGGAACAAAAGUCUACAAGUUUGUGUUUUUUGUUUAAAACUCCAGUGAUAAUUUGUACGAUAUAUAAAUAGACAUGUAAUAAAUUCAUUCUCCCAAUCAUGAUUUGGGGCCGUAACUCAAGAUUAA